AUGUCUAAAUAUUCCUACAUCGUUUAUUAUUUCCUCGCGCAAAUAAUUGCGGCUCAAACCUACAAAAUCCUCGGUAUAUUUCCCUCGUUGAACCGUAACAAUUAUGUGACCUACCGGGGAUUGUUCCGAGAGCUGGCAAAUCGAAACCACGAUGUGACACUCAUUAACCACUUCCAAUUGCCAGACGCGCCUUCUAACUAUCGGGAUAUAUUACUCAGUGAUAAACAAGUAUACAAAGGACUAUCGUUCGAAUCAGUUAUAGUGAAUGAAGUUUCGCGAGUGCCGUUCGAGACGUUAGUGUCUACUAAAGCGGGUAACGAUGACUGUAAGACUUUAAUGAAUAACAAUCAGGUUCUGCAUCUGAUAAGAACUCGACCUCGCUUUGACGUUAUCAUUGUAGAAUCUUAUAAUAGUGAUUGUGCGCUUGCGUUGGCGGCAAAUUUGAGUGCGCCAUACAUUGCCUUCAAUCCUCAGCCGGCGCAUCCCUGGCACUAUAGUAGAUUAGGAAUAAACUUCAAUUCCGCGUACGUUCCGCAAUCUCUACUUCCGUUUGGAAAGCAGCCGUGGUUCUUCGACCGAGUAAAAAGUUUCAUAUUAUAUUAUGUUAGUAAUUGGGUAUACUACGUCGGAUCGCAAGUAACGGAUCAUGUGUUUUUGUAUAAAUAUUUGGGAGACGAUCUCCCUACUCUAGAGAGCAUCGCGUCUAACGCCAGCCUAGUGUUUGUAAACACACACAAAUCAGUUUUCGGGAGCGUUGUGCGAGCUGAUAAUGUUGUGGACAUUGGCGGAAUACACAUUAGACCCCCGAAGGUUAUCCCCACGGAAAUAGAGAGAUUCAUAAAUGAAGCGGAACAUGGCGUAAUUUACGUUAACUUGGGAUCUACCGUCAAAGACUCUACAAUGCCGAUAGAAAAACUAAACGAACUCGUAUCAACAUUCAGAAAAUUGCCUCUUAGAGUCCUGUUAAAAUGGGACGGCCAGAACCUGGACAACCUGCCAAGAAACGUUAUGACUAUGAAAUGGCUACCACAGUACGAUAUCUUAAAGCAUCACAAUGUGAAGGCGUUCAUCUCUCACGCGGGAAUACUUAGUACGAUAGAAGCCUUAGAUACCGGAGUCCCAGUAAUAGCAAUACCGCUAUUCGGUCAUGAAUACGGUAACGCAGCAAGUCUAGUAGACGCUGGUAUAGCCACGAUAGUGAAUUAUGAAAAUUUAAACAAGGAACUGCUUUUAGACGCCAUCAACGACGUGUUAGACCCAAGGUGGCAAGAGCGUGCAAAAUUAGUGUCUAAAAUUUGGCACGACCGUCCCAUGACACCACUUGAGAGCGCUAUCUAUUGGAUAGAGUAUGUAGCAAGAUAUAACGGGGCUCCCAAUUUGGUAGCGCCAUCUACCACUGUCCCGUGUUACCAACAACUACAGCUAGAUGUCCUAGCUUUUGUAGGAUUAGUUUUUUAUAUUUUAAUGUACGUUUUGUACAAAAUAAUAAGCGUAUGCUGUUGUUGCUGCUGUCAUAAUGAGCCCCAAGCUGAUGUUGUAGAAGAAGAAAGAAAAUCAAAAAGAGUCAAAUUCGAA